AUGGAUGAACCUUCUAAAUUCGAAGGAAUGACAAAAACAGAAGUUGAUGAGAACUAUAUCAAAACUUUGGGAAUAUCAAGUAAUCAUGGUGGCUUAGCAUCUUCGAAAACAUUUUCUUCACCAUGGAUCAACUUCUCUCAGGUUUACAGUUACUUAAAUUAUUUAAUUGUUAAAUUAUUUGCAGAAACAAAAUUGCGAAAGUUACGGAGAGACGAAACACAGUUAAAUUCUAAAGAUAUAUUGGAUAAUUUAAAAAAUUACCGAGAAGAUAAGCUUUUCCGUUUGUUGACGACAUCUGAUCGUUGCUUCGAGGAUAAUUUUAUCGACCAACCACUCGUUGCUUCAUAUUUACGACGCAAAUUGGCACCACAAACGGUUGCUAUAUAUCGGGGUGAACUUACUGCUUUGCUUGAAGCCGAUCAAGUGGCAUUACAAAAUUUGAAACACGUUCUUAAAGCUUUUGCCUCACAGUGUAAACUCUCAAAUAAUUAUUUUGGCGAAUCGAUCCAAAAUCAGGUACUGAUCUUUUUGUUUGUUGGUACUGAGAAUUUUUCAGAUCAUAGUGUUAUUUGUGUUACAUUAUCCGGAAAAGUACAUUGGACGGACAACACGGAACCAGCCGAUUUAGUUGUUUUAUUCAACGAAAGCCUAGAUAAUAAUGAAAAUCUGGAAAUUGUCGCAUCCGAUUGUGCAAAACAAAGUGGCAGUGAUGAUAUAGCUAUCCUUGUGACAUGCUGGGUACUAUUUGAUCAAUUUUGGGCGCCAAAGCGUUAUUUUGCCGCACUGUUUAGGGCGACAGCUAAUUAUAAAUUUGUUUUAAAGUACAAACUAGAACUUGAUAAUGUACCCUCUUAUACACGUAUAACAGCUGAAGCAGUUGUUGCCAAUAAUCGCCACUGUUGGCUCAUAUUUACCGCUUCGCGUGCUGCUCGUUUAUUUGUUGUCCAGCCUGUAUCACUGUCAGUUGAAGAAAUUGAUUCUGUUGGGGAUAUUUAUCCAGAACUUGACUUGGGCGAUCUACCAGGUUCUGCCAUCAGAUCAAAUUGUCUUCAAACACCGACAUAUCGGUGGUCUGUACUUGGUUUUGAUACAGGCUAUGUGAUUGUGACAGCAUUGUCCAUGCAAACAAAUUUUAUAGAGGACAGAAGUAAAUUGAAAUUUUCGGGUGCAAUAUCGGUUCUAUUAAUUUUACAACACGUUGGACGAGAAGAUAAGAUUUCGGUAUUAGUAUCUUCAACAUUAGGACCAGCAGCUGUUUGGAUGCUGUCUCUAUCUCCAGAUAAAAGUCAUUUUGAAUGGAAAAGAAUAAUGGUUUUGGAAGAUACACGUGGCCGUGAUGCUAUUGUAUGUUCUGCAUCCGGUGAUCAAUUGAUUGCCAUUGGAGCAUAUAAUGGUGUCGUUUUGCUAUAUAAACGAACAGAUCUUUUGUCCGACGACCAUCACACAGCUCCUUGCUCAAUUAUUGAAAUGCAUGUGUCAGUGAUAUCAAUGAUUUUUCUUAAGGAUGAUGUAUUAGCAGUUUUAACAACGAGUGGUUUACACAUUAUCGAAUGUCAUCAGUCAGACUGA